AUGGACCCACCCCCAACAAAGAAGCGACGUGCUCCGACUGAUCUGCUUCCGUGUCCUCCUGUGAGCGACACAAGCCGCACCGGUACCUCUAGACACGCAGAAUAUGACGCCGAGACGAUGCAGCGGCAACUGGAGCUUUUCAUUCGCAGCGAAGACGUAUCUUCGGCUCAGAUUUUAGGCGACUUCCUAGUCGCUCUCGCUCCAUCUGAUUCCAAGGCAGCAAAGAAUGGCGGCGUCGACGAGAAGCUACCGUCUGCUUUCCACGCUACAACGCUGCGUCUAUUUGCAGAUUUGAUGCUCGUUAGGCGCGAGUUCAAACGCGCUAUUCGCUACUAUCACCGGAGCUGUCGUGAUAUGACCGCCGUGACACAUGAACAAGAGCUUGAGGUUAAGCUGAAGGUGGCCAGGUGCUACGUGCACUUGGGAUGUAUUUAUGAAGCUAUUGAAGUGCUUCAAUCAACGCUGCAAGGCGAAAGGAGCGUCAGUAUGAACUUGCUGCUCGGAAGGUUGUAUAUGGACGAAGGGCUGCAAAACAAAGCGGAGGAGAGCUACACGACAGCGCUCAGACAGAAUCCGUACGCACUGGAAGCAGCCGUAGCGCUCACGAAACUGGCCGCGGCGAAAGAUACACCCUUGGAUUCGAUCGCAGGACCGAGUGGUAGAACAAAGAUGGUCACGAGUUCCGGACAAUCAAGUGUUGAUGUACCUGCGAGACGACCUGAGAUUGACCAAUUUUAUCUUGAGAAUCUGAUGACACGAGAAGCAGACGACGGUGGGCUCACUCAGUUAAAUAUGGCGUGGAUGCAGACAUUAGUGGCAGCUCACAUGGAAGCUGAACGGGGCAAUCACCGAAAAGCCGUCGAGUUGUUAACUGUGUUAGAUCGCUUUUUCCCUAAGAAUCUGCAUUGUUUGCUACACAAAGCCGCAUUGGAGGUUGAUCAGGAGCUGCUUCAUCAAGCCUACGUUACGUUUAAGCGUGCACGACAAGUCGACGACUUGAACGUGACGUUCAUGGACCGCUACGCUGACUGCUUACGAAAAGGAAAUUCAUGUACGAACCUCAAUGAUCUGGUGCAGGAGCUGUGUGCGAUAAGUAAGACUUGUCCGGAGUCGUGGCUUGCUGCUGCAUACUACAAUGACGUUAAGGGCGACUACGAGACAGCGUUGCAGUUUUGUGAGCGCGCCAUCGAGGGACGAGAUUGUUACGCACCUGCCCAUUUGCUGCGAGGAGAGAUCUUGUUGCGAAUGCAUCGUCCACAGCCUGCACUGAAAGCAUUCUGGACUUCUUGCCGACUUAAGCGGUCAUUGGAAGCGUAUACUGGCAUAAUCAUGAGCUACUGCGACCUGUAUGCUGUAGGUGUGAACCGGUACAAGGAAGCUUUUGCUACUGCCAAAAGCGUCGUGAAGCUGUUUCCGAAGAAGGCACAAAGUUUUGUAUUGUUCGGCAGCGUACUUGCUCUCAGCCCGGAGCACCGAAGUCAAGCGCGACAGGCUCUACAAAAGGCGCUAGCGAUGGAACCACGCAAGCUUUCGACCAGUUUUGCGCUUGCUGAUCUGCUAGUAGAGGAUGGCGAUUUACGGGGCGCCAUUGAGAGACUGCUAGCACUCAGCGAGCGUUAUCCGCGAGAAGAAGUCUUUACUAAACUUGCGUACGUGUACUCGGCGGACAAACAAUUCGCCGAGGCACUCAAAUACUUUCACCAAGCAUUGAGACUCAACCCAGGAUCAACGGAGGCGUUACAAGGUCUGGAUCGCCUUGAGAAGUUGAUGCGUGGCGAAGACCCGGACGAGCUCAGCAAUUCGAUGGAGCAAAUAGACGCAGAGGAUCACGAGGAGUCAAUGGAGGCUCGCGAGUACACGUCACCAUAG